ACUGAGUAAACCAGCCCGCAGCCUCACGCACACACACACACACACACACGCGCGCGCGCACACGCACAGGGGUCCAGUCCAACGCAUCCGGCCGGUCGUGGAGCGCGCGUCUGAGCGACUCGUGCUUUGUUAGCGCGCCCAAUUUAGUCGACAGCGAGUCACAAGGCAGCGGUCGGAACUUGAAAUAUGACGAUAAGCAAAAUGGGAGGAAAGUCGUUGCUAGCUUGCUGAAGUUGGAGGCUCUCCUUGUGGAAGAGGAAGAGGUGGCGGACACCACGAGCUCACUCUCACUGCACAGAAAAGGAAAAGGGAAUUUCGGCUACGGGAGCCCACCGCUACGUAAACGAAACGACCACCUGUAGAGCGGCCGUGGACGUCUCAUGUUGGCUCGGAGUGAGCCCAACCUUCCAGCAUACCUCCUCCUCCCUCUCAUUGGGCUAAGAUGAGUAUUACCAGUGACGAAGUGAACUUCUUGGUGUACAGAUACCUCCAGGAAUCAGGUUUCUCCCACUCAGCGUUCACCUUUGGCAUUGAGAGCCACAUCAGCCAGUCAAACAUAAAUGGGACACUAGUGCCCCCUGCUGCCCUCAUCUCCAUCCUGCAGAAAGGGCUUCAGUAUGUGGAGGCAGAAGUCAGCAUCAAUGAGGAUGGUACGGUCUUCGAUGGGCGGCCAAUCGAGUCGCUGUCCCUCAUUGAUGCGGUGAUGCCAGAUGUGGUGCAGACGCGACAGCAGGCCCUCCGUGACAAGUUAGCCCAGCAGCAAGUGGCCUGCGCCAUGAUGGCCUCGACCUCUGGGAACCAGUCCAUCGCACCAAAGAACGGAGAAGCCCCCGUCAACGGGGACGAGAAUGGCACUCACAACAUGCAUAACCACAGCGAGUCCAUGGAGAUGGAUCUAGAUGUGGAGAUGCCAGUCGGUAAAGCCGUGGUGCUCCGGGGCCACGAAUCUGAAGUGUUCAUCUGUGCCUGGAACCCUGUCAGCGAUCUGCUGGCCUCGGGCUCGGGGGACUCCACCGCCAGGAUAUGGAACCUGAACGAGAACAACAACUCCAACUCCACCCAGCUGGUGCUGCGCCACUGUAUCCGAGAAGGUGGCCAGGAUGUCCCCAGCAACAAAGACGUCACCUCGCUCGACUGGAACAGCGACGGGACUCUGCUUGCAACGGGCUCGUAUGAUGGAUUCGCCAGGAUAUGGACAAAGGAUGGGAAUCUGGCAAGCACCUUGGGACAGCACAAAGGGCCCAUAUUUGCACUCAAGUGGAACAAGAAGGGGAACUCUAUUCUCAGUGCUGGUGUAGAUAAGACGACAAUCAUUUGGGAUGCGCACACUGGAGAGGCCAAGCAGCAGUUCCCCUUCCACUCGGCCCCGGCACUGGAUGUCGACUGGCAGAACAACACCACCUUCGCCUCCUGCAGCACGGACAUGUGCAUCCACGUGUGUCGCCUUGGCAGCGACCGGCCCCUCAAGACCUUCCAGGGCCACACGAAUGAAGUUAACGCCAUUAAGUGGGAUCCGUCAGGCAUGCUGCUGGCCUCCUGCUCGGACGACAUGACGUUAAAGAUUUGGAGCAUGAAGCAGGAUUCCUGUGUCCACGACCUCCAGGCUCACAGUAAAGAGAUCUACACGAUCAAGUGGAGCCCCACAGGCCCCGGCACGAGCAACCCCAACGCCAACAUCAUGCUCGCCAGCGCCUCUUUCGACUCGACGGUUCGACUGUGGGAUGUGGAGCGAGGGGUUUGUAUUCACACGCUGACCAAGCACCAGGAGCCCGUCUACAGCGUGGCCUUCAGCCCCGACGGCAUACACCUGGCGAGCGGCUCCUUUGAUAAGUGCGUCCACGUCUGGAACACCUUGACCGGCGCCCUGGUGCACAGCUUCAGGGGCACCGGUGGUAUUUUCGAGGUGUGCUGGAACAGCACCGGGGACAAAGUCGGUGCCAGCGCGUCGGACGGCUCGGUAUGUGUUCUUGAUCUCCGAAAAUAGCCGACUUGAGACUUUGAUGAUGGGUCCUGGAAUGUGCAGCAUAUUGCCCUUUUCUGACAUCAGCAAAACCACUCCGGUUGCUCUCGGGAGAGCUGUAAAGCGGAGCGAGACGGAACACGCCACAGGAGAACAACCCGGCGUCUGCAGCAGCCUCGGAGGACUUCCGUGCACCUUACAGUUUGUUGAUGUGUGUUUUUACGAUACGCCUGUUGGAAACAUAAUGGAAGCCGGUUGAGAGAUCCCCGAGACUGGACGGAAUCCAACUCCCUGGGUGCAUCCGCGUUUUAAAGGUUUUCCAAUGAGAAAGUGCUGCGACCCCUCCGGGCCGCUGGUCCAGCUGUUAUCGGGUUGAAAGGGUGGAAACACAAAGAUGAGUUUUAUAUAAAGAGAAAAGUGUUCAUGAGACGUGUUUGGCUAUAAGAGGGAACAAAUUAUGGAAGAAAGGUUGUGGUUUCAGAAUUCCUGAGCAAAAUGUUACCUCAUGUCCACAUGAACUACCGUGGGAUGUGGUACAAGUACCGUGGAUACUGAAGCGCUGGUAUUGUAUGAUGACAGGCGGCGCCGCUUGUUCCCAGUGGAGAAUAGAUGGUUUCAAGAGCACUUCUUGCUUUGUUUUUUUCCACAGAUGGACUUUUGAAAAUCCAAAAUGAAUGUGCCACUGCAAGGUAGUUCUGAGCUCACGUUUAAACAUCAGGUCAAGAAAAAGCUGCCAAGAAACAGUCCUGACCUCCUCAGAUGACUCCAGAUUAGAAAACGUCAUUUUGUGGGCACGAUGUGAAAAGUGUGGUUUACAAAGAGAAUUUUUCUCCCUUUUUUUUUUUUUUUUGGGAUGUAAAUUUCAGAAUAUAAAGAUAUGUAAAUUAGAUUAAUACAGACUUGUAUACUGUGUAUAUAUGUUUAUAUACAGUCCACUUUAUCGCCAUUCUGUUGUCGGGGCUCAUUGAUGGCCGGAGCCGUCGCAUCUUUGCUGCUGAUGCGUGACGAGACCUCUUUUUAAACGGAGCGCUUGUGUCAUCAGCUUCUUUUUAACGGUCAGUUUCAACUGAGCCAAUCGUAUCCAACGCAUCGGAUUGCUUUGUUUUCCAAUGAGUCACAAAAUACUUUUCGUUAAGCGGCUUUACUUUCCACUAUUGAUCCUUGACGUCAUGGAAGAAACGUGUGCCUCGGCACUCGGGGGAUUGUCUGGUGGUCGGUGCGGGAGAUGACGGUCGUCGCGUGGAGUCGGCUGCAUCUUCUGAUUUGUCCGUGGAGCAGAACGCCACAGGAUCAACGUUAAGAGCUGGAAAACAACCGCAGCUUCAAGCGUCAUGCCCGUGGUUUCUCUUUGGCGCUUUCCUCUGAACGAUCCACAGCUCAACGCACAUUUUCACCAGAAGGUGGAGGUCAAGCAGAAGUCCUACUGUUGCGAAACAAAAUACAAAAAAGAGCUCCGAGUGGUCUUAAUGCAGUUUAGAAUGCAUUCAUAGCGUCGUAGGUGUGCACUAAGUGUGGCUCCAUCUGCUCUGGGAUCUCAUGGGAAAGACGGAAUCUUCAAAUUACCAUGCCACCAUUUUUGAUUUGCCUUUUCUCUCUUUCUUUUUGUCCCUUUUCUUUCAAUGUCAAUGUGAAGUGCACUUUUUUACAACGGUGGGAACAGCAAAUGUUAGAAUCUUGCUAAAAGUGGAAGGGCCCAUGUUUAGUUUUUCUUUGUUUCAUGUCACAAAUGGAUGUUAUUGGGUGGUUCAUCGUUUUUCUGACUUUCAUGUUCUGAGAGCCAUUAUCGUCUGUGUCAGACUGAGAAUCGGGCCGCGGGUCGGGGGCCAAGGAGCCCGCUGUGGAAUAAGUGCUGCAACGGCUACUAACUCUUGCACCCGGUCCAGGGUGCAGCACCCGUUUCCACGACAACACGUUGAAGUCAUUCAGUGUCUCAAAUAAAUCACUAUUUUGAUAUCAGAAA